AUUUGAUUAUGUUCUAAGGAUUUUUGGUGAAUGUUUGUUUUUAGUGACGUUAAAGAUGAUAGUUUGCGACAAUUAUUAUAAACAUUUUUAUGCCGGACAGCCUUCAAGAGCUGUUGUUUUAUGUGAUAUUUGUUUAAAAAUGGUUGAAUCUUGCAGUGCGGUGAAUUGUUGCAAUAGACGCAGAAAAGAUGUGAAAAUGAAGUUUCACAGGAUACCUAGAGAUCCUAACAUGAGGAAGUUGUGGUUACAUGCUAUAAGAAGAGAAAACUUUGCUCCCAGUACAACAAUGGUAAUUUGUGAAAAGCAUUUCACUCCAGAGGAUUAUGAAGUUAGUGUUCAUGGGAAUAAGGUACUAAAAAAGGUGGCAGUUCCAUCUGUGUUUGAUUUUCCAGCCCAUCUCAAGAAAGAACCUAGCUAUCGAAGGGUUUUGAAAAAAAAACAUGAAGAAUCCAACUCAAAAGCAACAGUAGUAGAAGAACCUGAAAAUGGCGAUCAUGCUGAUGAUGGAAAUAUAUUGGCAGCUGGUCCAUCAAACGUAACACAAAAACUAGGAUUUUUAGAAUCAAGUGAACCUUCAAACAUAUGCAAUUUAAGGGUCAGAAAAUCACCAGUAUACUUUGGGGAUUUCAAAAUUUCUGAUUUAAAUAAUGUGCAGCGUCGGAAGAGAUUUUGGAAAACUGCUCAUGAAACUGUUCAUAAGUACAAAAAAAUUAACAAGCACAAUCAGUGUAAAAUUCGUAGACAAAGAAAUAAAAAAAGUCUGAUUAGUCUGGUAGAUGAACUACUUAAGGAGAAGAGAAUAUCUGCAGCUCAGUUAAUAGAUUUUAUCUCGUUCCAGUUGCCUGAAUAA